AGUCCACAAACCAGUCUAUUACUGCUACUUAUUCUUCUCCACCGUUCCAAUUUGUGAGACCUAACUUCACACCCUUCUCAACUUUCCGAUUUAACAUCGCCACAACCAUGUCUGACACCACAGAAGAUGCCGUUCGACGCCGUAACGCAGUCGCCGAGUAUCGGAAGAAGCUUCUUCAGCACAAGGAAUUGGAAUCCAGAGUUCGAUCUGUGAGGGAGAACUUGCGAGCUUCAAAGAAAGAGUUUAACAAAACAGAAGAUGAUUUGAAGUCUCUUCAAAGUGUCGGGCAGAUCAUUGGCGAAGUUCUCAGGCCUCUUGACAAUGAACGCUUGAUUGUUAAAGCAAGCAGUGGUCCUAGAUAUGUGGUUGGCUGCCGGAGUAAAGUGGAUAAGGAAAAACUUACUUCUGGGACUAGAGUGGUACUUGAUAUGACAACACUCACUAUAAUGCGUGCUCUUCCUCGUGAAGUUGAUCCAGUUGUGUACAAUAUGUUGCAUGAAGAUCCCGGUAAUAUUAGUUAUUCUGCUGUUGGUGGUUUAUCUGAUCAGAUCAGGGAAUUGAGGGAAUCAAUUGAAUUACCUCUAAUGAAUCCUGAGCUCUUUCUUAGAGUUGGAAUUAAACCUCCCAAGGGUGUUCUCCUUUAUGGGCCUCCUGGUACGGGUAAAACAUUGUUGGCUAGGGCUAUUGCCAGUAAUAUAGAUGCUAACUUCCUAAAGGUUGUUUCAAGUGCCAUAAUUGAUAAGUACAUUGGAGAAAGUGCCAGGUUAAUUAGAGAGAUGUUUGGGUAUGCACGUGAUCACCAGCCAUGCAUCAUUUUUAUGGACGAGAUCGAUGCCAUUGGUGGUCGCCGUUUCAGUGAGGGAACAAGUGCAGAUCGUGAGAUUCAGAGAACGUUAAUGGAGCUGCUUAAUCAACUUGAUGGCUUUGAUCAACUUGGAAAGGUUAAAAUGAUCAUGGCAACAAACCGACCUGAUGUACUUGACCCUGCUCUCCUACGUCCUGGAAGAUUGGAUAGAAAAAUUGAAAUUCCAUUGCCAAAUGAACAAUCAAGGAUGGAAAUUCUUAAGAUCCAUGCUGCUGGAAUUGCUAAGCAUGGUGAAAUAGACUAUGAAGCAGUUGUGAAGCUUGCAGAGGGGUUUAAUGGAGCUGAUCUCCGAAAUGUGUGCACUGAAGCUGGAAUGUCAGCAAUUCGAGCAGAACGUGACUAUGUGAUCCACGAAGAUUUUAUGAAGGUAUGCUCUUUGUUCUGGAAGCAAAUUUUCCUUUCUAUUGAUUUGUCUACGAAGCUCUACCUUACCGUAUCUCUUUUACUUUGGCACCAGGCUGUAAGGAAAUUGAAUGAGGCAAAGAAACUUGAAUCUAGUGCACACUACAAUGCUGAUUUUGGAAAAGAAUAAAAUUUGUUGUGAAAUUCUCAGAGCCAUGGAUGUUUAUGGCAGUGCAUGUUUUGAGCCAGAAAUACCUCAGCCAAGUUUGUCAAAUCAUCGAGUUAAGCAUUAUGGCAGCCGUCCAGGCAAUGACAUGUACUAUCCAGAUUCUAGUUUUAAUAUGGGAACUUGGCGAACGGUAAAGGGGUGUUUAAUUGAAUUAUUUGUUCAAACUGAAUUGUAAUACUGUGUUUCUUCUGUCUCUAUUGUAGAAGUUCGGUUCAUAUCUAUACUAGUCAUGGCAUAUGCACGCCAGUUUUACUUUUAAA